CAGCCUUUAGCCUCCCUCCCACUGCCUCUGUCUCCCUCUCUCCACGAACUGCCCAGGAGUGAGCAGCUGCUCCCGGUUGGUCUUGCCUGACGGACAGAUACACGGACAGCCUGACAUCCUAGCCCACCAACUAACCAGCCUGCACCUGGCUGCUUCCCCCUCCCCAGGAACAUUCACCAUGAGUCCCCUGUGGCUACUCACCUUGAUGCUGGCCCUGAGCCAGGCCCUGCCCUUUGAGCAGAAGGGCUUCUGGGACUUCACCUUGGAUGAUGGGCUGCUCGUGAUGAAUGAUGAGGAGGCUUCAGGCUCAGACACCACCUCAGGUGUCCCCGACAUGGACUCUCUUACACCUACCUUCAGUGCCAUGUGUCCUUUCGGCUGCCACUGCCACCUGCGGGUUGUUCAGUGCUCUGACUUGGGUCUGAAGACUGUGCCUAAGGAGAUCUCACCUGACACCACACUGCUAGACCUGCAAAAUAAUGAUAUCUCUGAGAUCCACAAGGAUGACUUCAAAGGCCUCCAGCACCUCUAUGCCCUGGUCCUGGUAAACAAUAAGAUCUCCAAGAUCCAUGAGAAGGCCUUUAGCCCUCUGCGGAAGCUGCAGAAACUCUACAUCUCCAAGAACCACCUGGUGGAGAUACCUCCCAACCUGCCCAGCUCCCUGGUGGAGCUACGCAUCCAUGACAACCGUAUCCGAAAAGUGCCCAAGGGCGUGUUCAGCGGGCUCCGGAACAUGAACUGCAUUGAGAUGGGUGGGAAUCCCCUGGAGAACAGUGGCUUUGAACCAGGAGCCUUUGAUGGCCUGAAGCUCAACUACCUGCGCAUCUCAGAGGCCAAGCUAACUGGUAUCCCCAAAGAUCUCCCUGAGACCCUGAAUGAACUUCACCUGGACCACAACAAAAUCCAGGCUAUUGAGCUGGAGGACCUACUUCGUUACUCCAAGCUGUACAGGCUAGGCUUAGGCCACAACCAGAUCCGGAUGAUUGAGAAUGGGAGCCUGAGUUUUCUGCCUACCCUGCGGGAACUCCACUUGGACAACAACAAACUGUCCCGGGUGCCUGCUGGCCUUCCAGACCUCAAGCUCCUCCAGGUGGUCUACCUGCACUCCAACAACAUCACCAAGGUGGGCAUCAACGACUUCUGCCCCAUGGGCUUCGGAGUCAAGAGGGCCUACUAUAACGGCAUCAGCCUCUUCAACAACCCUGUGCCCUACUGGGAAGUGCAGCCAGCCACCUUCCGCUGCGUCACUGACCGCCUGGCCAUCCAAUUUGGAAAUUAUAAGAAGUAGAAGCAAUGGUAACCACAAUGGCGGCCUUGCUGAAAGUCUCUGAGGAACAUAGCCAGACAUUCCACAGGGAAAGGGGAAGCAAAGAAGCAAAGCCCCCAACACACACCUUUGUUCCCCAGCAUUAACUCACUGCCCUACCACAGCCUCCCCCUGGCCCCCAAGCAUGCACAUAUGCAUAUGGCCUGGUCCUCUCACCCAUUCCUCUCAGCUUUUGAGAUUUAACACUCACCUUCCGUGUCCACUCAAAGACUCCCUAUAAAUCUUUCUUCUUGUCCAUUCUGACACCCAGAUGUCUGUGGUAGGAGGGGCUAGCAAAUGUGGACACAGCACUCUACCACAGCUACUGUUCUAUCCAGGCAUGUGUUCCUCCUCUUUCUCACCCAUGUUUGUCUUCUAGCUCUCUUGGACCCUACCUGCUGCCCUUGGCCUCUGGUGACCCCAAGUUCAUUACCUGUCCAUCCCAGACAUCACCUGGCUCUACUAACUCCUGGAUAAGUCCUUCUCUCCAACCUUGUUAUCUUCCUUCUAGGGUGGUAGAUAUCUCCCCUGCCAUCUCUCUGGACCUGGUUCAUAUCUCUCUAUCUCUGAAUCUCUCUGCAUAUGUCUCUGUCUCUCUGCCUCUGUCUGCAUCUCUCUGUCUCUGUCUCUGUCUGUCUAUGUCUCUCUGUCUCUGUCUCUCUCUAUCACACAGAGAGAGACAGAGACAGAGAGAUACACACACAGAGAGAGACCAUCCCCUGGCUGCUUUGUGCUUCAUAGGUCUCUGGCCAGUCCCUGCACAAACAAAACUGGGGACAACUCUCUCCCUGAUUGCCCUGCCAAGCACUUGAUCCCCAACCCUGGAGGAGGCAAAAGGUGAGGCCCAGAAUCCUGUCCACAUUGUCCAGGAAGAGGGCCUCUCUGCUGUCAAGAUGAGGAGCAGGAAGCUUCCUAGCCCCUGGAGAGGCUCAGCAGACCACCAGAGCCCCCCAGAACCAGUCUUCAUUAGCCCAUGCCCUCUCUACAAUAUGGCUAGGUCCAUCUCCCUCACCCCUGGGUCCCUGCUGUAAUAGGGGUUGGUGAGCAGUUGCCCCCAGCUGGAGGGAGUGCCGCUUCUAAGGUCAGUUGUCUUUCAAUUAAAGAAACACUGUGCAAUACGA